UUAAACUAAUUUAUGAUUUAUAGUAUUGUUCUUACUAAUGCUGUGUACAACGAAUGUAUUUACAGGUAGAGACGGGAAAGGGAAAAGUGAGUGGGGAAGUGAUUUUAAACUAUCGGUGGGGUUAGUAGAACUCGAAAGUCUUUACAAGUCGUAUGACUCGGCUCACUACAGUUUUCGCUAUGGCGUGUAUAGGGUCAAGUAGGUUCUGUGCUCGUGCAGAGAAACUGUGCCAGUUUAAACAUUUCGCCCAAUUACGAAAGAAAAUUUCAACGACAUGUGUCAAGUCAAGAACUAUAAUCGAACAUUCGACGAAUAAUUUCGUUCAACAUUGUCAGAAUAGAACGACCACACGAGAUAGCAAAACGAAUAUCGUAAGGAUGAUGAGCUCUAUGCAAACACAAUUGCCCGGAUCUUUAUACGAUUCGGAUCAAAUUGAUCCGUAUCGACUUCUCGAGGAUGACCUUAAAGAUAUCUAUGAUGAUAUACGAGAGGAACUCAUCAGGAAUACGAUAUAUAAGGAGCUACAAACUAUAGCGACAUAUUAUUUCGAUGGUAAAGGAAAAGCAUUGCGGCCGAUGGUAGCGAUUCUCAUGGCACGGGCUAUCAAUUAUCACAAGGAAAGAAAUGGUCUCUUGGAUUCGCAACGACAAAUAGCGAUGAUUUCCGAGAUGAUCCAUAAUGCUUCCUUAAUCCACGAUGACGUAAUUGAUCAACCAGGCUUCCGUCGUGGCAAACCUUCGAUCAAUGUUGUCUGGAGUCGAAAAAAGGUGACAAUGUCAGGAGAUUACAUUUUGGCAGUCACUACUAAUAUGCUAGCAAAACUACGAAAUGAUGAUAUUACUCUUACACUCAGUCAGGUCGUGACGGAUCUGGUGCAGGGUGAAUUUAUGCAACUUGGCUCAAAGGAAACAGAGAAUGAGAGAUUCGCACAUUAUCUUACGAAAACAUAUCGUAAGACAGCUAGUUUAAUCGCUAACACUUUGAAAGCUGAAGCUAUGUUAGCUGACGCUGAUGAUCAAUUGGCUGAAUUAGCUUUUCAAUAUGGUAGAAAUAUUGGUUUAGCGUUUCAAUUAGUCGAUGAUCUUUUGGAUUUCGUAUCGACUUUACCGACAAUGGGUAAGCCUACUGCAGCGGAUUUGAAAUUAGGUCUUGCAACUGCUCCAGUUCUUUUCGCUUGUGAACGAUAUCCAGAAUUAAAUGCAAUGAUCAUGCGUCGAUUUCAAGAACCAGGAGAUGUUGAAAAAGCAUUUGAAUUAGUGCAUAAAUCACAAGGACUCGAGCAUACGAGAUUUUUAGCACGAAAACAUUGCGUUGAAGCUAUGAAACUUGCACAAUCUUUAGCUGAAAGUCCUUAUCAAAAAGGUUUGCAAGUAGUUUGCGAUUUAGUAUUGAAUCGUACGAAGUAGCGAUAUGAAAAAUCGCGAUAGAAAUUAUGUAUGGAAGUAAAAAAUACAAAAGGACAUUGAGAAGAAAAUUAAUAGUCAUAAAAAAUUAUAAUGUUGGUCCUGAAAUGGUCAAUUAAUUCAACUACAAUGAAGAAUAAUAUAUAACUAAUGCGAUAGAUUAUAUCGGUUGUAAAGAAAAAGAAAACAUCAAAUGAACACAAAAAUGAUUAUGAUAUUCAUGUAAACGCACUUUUGACGAAUGUGUUCAAUUGAUUAAUGUUGAUGGUACUUAUAGUUCUAUAUUUAAACUUAUAUAUGUUUGUAACAUAAAAGUUUAAAAUGUUUAUAUUUGCGGUUAACAAUGUGGUAAUUUAAAAAAAAAACAAAAAAAAUUGAGAAAAAUUAGCAAGAUAUUAUUUUUAUAAAUUUCAUAUGUAAUAUAACAAAAAUUGCAUAUUAUCAAUUAUCUGCAAGAAAAUAUUCAAGCGAUUUCCUUAUAAUAGUUUAUCGAAUAUAAUAUAAUUAUAGCUAAAAACUCGUCUAUUAAGUGCCCAGAUACAUUUUAAAUAAGAAAAAUACAAUAUAUAAGAGAAUGUAAAGAGAAUCAUGAUAAUUACAUCGCUCUAUAGUGCACAUAUGACCUGAUUUUAUCAAUAUUAUCAUUAGCCAAUCAUAAGUGUAAAUAAAACGAUACAUAGAAGUAGAUAUAAUGAAUUGGAAUUGAUAACUCUGUUUGAUUUUUUCGUAACUAAAAUCUGCAAUAACAUUUGGUAAAUAAUAAUGAAAAACUUUUCAUAAUACUAUUUCACUUAAUUGAUAUUAUUAUUAUUAUUAUUGUUAUUGUUGUUAUUAUUAUUAUUAUUAUUAUUAUUAAUGAAAUAAUCUAUAAAAAUUAUACAAAAUUAUCGUAUAUAAAUAUAAUUUAAAUUUAUAUUUUUUGUUUAAACAUAAAUAUAUCUUUUAUAUUUAAAUAUAAUUAAUUAUAAUCAACAUAUAUGUUAUCUUUAUAUAGUAGAGGAAUUCUAAAUAUGUAAAUAUUAUUUAUAUUUUUAACAAUCAACAGAGUAUCAAUACCAAUUAACAGUAUAAACAACAUAAUUUAAUAUCACGUUUAAGACGUGCGAAGAAUAUCUGCCAAAGAAGAUCAUGGUCUUGAUUCUUCCAUUUGUUGAAAAAUUCGAUUCAUUGAAUAUAUUAAGAAUUCUUUAUUCUUUAUUAUCAGUAUAUUACAAAUUAUAAAUUUUUAAAAAAUUUUUAAAUAUUAUAAAUUAUUAAAAUUAUUAAAUUUUUUAAAUUUUUAUAUUGACGCAAAAUUAAUAUAGUUUUUUAUUCAUACUUAAUAAAAAUAGAAUAUCAUCUUCAUGAUCUAUUACAUUUUUCUUGAAUAAAAAAACUGCUCAAAAUAUUAUUUACUAUAUAACUAAAUAUAUAAAUAUAAUUUGUAUAAUAAUUAUUAUAUUUAUAACAUGAAUUAAUGUAUAUAAUUGCUCUUUAAUAUAAAUUACUGCUGUAAAAUUAUUAAUAAACAAAUACAAAAUGUAAUUAUGAUCAAACAGAGAUAUACAUUAAGAUACUUCAUUGGUAAUAGGACUAAAUAAAACUUUUAUUAUCUAUAAUUCAUUUAAUUUUUGCAAAUUAUCUUUAAUAUUAUUACAAAUUCGAAACAAAUUAUCUUUAAAAAUAACAAAUUUUGUUAUAUUUAGAUAUCACAUUGUAAACAUAAUGUACAAAUGCACAUAAUAUAGAAAAAAAUGGAAUAUUCUUCUACAUAUAAUAUAUAUGUAAAUAUAUGGUCUUUUAAUUAUUUAUAAUAAAAAAAAAUUAUCAAGCUAUAAUAUUAUAAUAUAAAAAAAAGUUAAUUUCAAAUUAUUUUUAAAUUUAUUUUUAAUAAAUUACACUGUUCAUUAUUUUAUUCGUUAUGUUGAGAAGCACUAAAUCCAUGUUAUAUAAUUUUUUUAAUAUAAAUAUUACAUUAAAACUCAAAAGAAAA